CAUGGGCAGCAAAGAGACCAGCUUCCUCAUCCCUUCAGAGCCACAGCCAACGCCUGAGAGGCGAUUCAAUUUGUUCCUGAGGAGGCGUCUUAUGUUUCAAAGAGAUGAACAAAGCAAAGAUUCAGUCUUCUUCAGAGACGGAAUUAGGCAGAUCGACUUUGUCCUUUCCUAUGUGGAUGAUGUGAAGAAAGACUCAGAGCUAAAGGCAGAACGAAGACGAGAGUUUGAACAAAAUCUCAGAAAAACGGGUCUUGAGUUGGAGGUUGAAGACAAAAUGAACUCUGAAGAUGGGCGAACGUAUUUUGUGAAGAUCCAUGCUCCAUGGGAGGUCCUAGUCACUUACGCUGAAGUGCUGGGAAUCAAGAUGCCUAUUAAGCUGAGUGACAUCCCACGGCCAAAGUACACACCCCUGAGUUACAUGCUUGGGCCGGUGAAGCUCCCUGCUGCUGUGAAGUAUCCUCACCCUGAGUAUUUCACUGCCCAGUUCAGCAGGCACCGGCAGGAACUCUUCCUCAUUGAAGACGAGGCCACUUUUUUUCCAUCAUCAGCGAGAAACAGAAUUGUUUACUAUAUUCUGUCACGAUGCCCUUUCGGAGUAGAAGAGGGAAAGAAAAAGAUUGGCAUCGAAAGGCUGCUAAACUCACACACUUACUUAUCUGCCUACCCGCUCCAUGACGGCCAAUAUUGGAAGCCAUCAAGAACUACUCAUGUCAAUGAAAGGUACAACCUUUGCCAGAACUGGGCUCGCUUCUCCUACUUUUACAAGGAGCAACCUUUUAAUUUGAUUCGGGAUUAUUAUGGAGAAAAAAUCGGUAUCUAUUUUGUGUUUCUCGGAUAUUACACAGAAAUGCUGUUGGUGGCGGCGCUGGUUGGCUUAGCUUGCUUCAUCUACGGCUUGUUAUCAAUGGAGAGUAACGAAACGAGCACUGAAAUCUGUGACCCUAACAUCGGAGGUCAGAUGAUCAUGUGCCCACUCUGUGAUGAAGUGUGUGAUUACUGGAGACUGAACACCACGUGUUUGCACUCGAAGUUCUCCCAUCUGUUUGAUAAUGAGUCAACUGUGUUCUUCGCCAUCUUCAUGGGCAUCUGGGUCACACUGUUUCUGGAGUUUUGGAAACAACGCCAAGCCAGGCUUGAGUACGAGUGGGAUCUGGUGGACUUUGAAGAAGAGCAGCAGCAGCUCCAGCUGCGGCCCGAGUUCGAAGCUAUGUGUAAACACAGGAAGAUGAAUCCCGUGACAAAGGAGAUGGAGCCACACAUGCCUCUGUGUCAUCGCAUCCCAUGGUACUUUGUGUCAGGGACCACAGUGACCUUUGGGAUGGCUCUCCUCCUCAGCAGCAUGGUGUCCAUCAUCAUUUAUCGCCUGUCAGUCUUUGCCACAUUUGCCAGCUUCAUGGAAAGCGAAGCCACCCUGCAGAGCGUGAAGAGCUUCUUCACCCCCCAGGUAGCCACCACUCUGUCUGGAUCAUGCCUAAACUUCAUCUUCAUCUUGAUCCUGAAUUUUUUUUAUGAGAAGAUAUCUGCCUGGAUUACAAAAAUGGAAAUUCCUCGAACUUACCAGGAGUAUGAGAGCAGCCUCACUCUGAAGAUGUUUCUCUUCCAGUUCGUGAAUUAUUACUCAGCUUGCUUCUACGUGGCCUUCUUUAAAGGGAAGUUCGUGGGAUAUCCUGGGAAGUACACAUAUAUGUUUAACAUGUGGAGAAGCGAAGAGUGUGAUCCUGCAGGCUGUCUGGUAGAGCUGACAACCCAGCUAACAAUCAUAAUGAUUGGAAAACAGCUUUUUGGAAACAUCCAUGAAAUCUUUCAACCCUUGAUUUUUAAUUGGUGGAGACGCAGAAGAAUUCGAACUCACUCCGAGAAACUGUACAGUCGUUGGGAACAAGACCAUGACCUACAGGUUUUUGGAAGCCUUGGACUGUUCUAUGAGUACUUAGAAACAGUUCUCCAGUUUGGCUUUGUCACGCUGUUCGUGGCCUCUUUCCCCCUGGCACCCCUGUUUGCUCUUAUAAACAACAUUAUGGAGAUCCGAGUGGAUGCCUGGAAGCUCACGACUCAGUACAGGAGACCUGUCGCUGCAAAAGCUCACUCCAUAGGUGUCUGGCAAGACAUUCUCUAUGGAAUGGCCAUCCUUUCUGUUGCAACUAAUGCCUUCAUUGUCGCGUUCACAUCUGACAUCAUUCCCCGGUUAGUUUACUUCUACGCCUACUCAAAGAAUUCAACAGAACCCUUGGCCGGAUAUGUCAAUAACAGCCUGUCAGUGUUCCUGAUAGCUGACUUUCCAAACAACACAGUGCCCAUGGAGAAAAGAGACUUCAUCACUUGCAGGUACAGAGAUUACCGAAACCCCCCUGAUCAUGAGAACAAAUAUGCCCAUAACAUGCAGUUCUGGCAUGUCCUCGCUGCCAAGAUGACCUUCAUCAUAGUAAUGGAACACGUUGUUUUUGUGUUUAAAUUUCUACUGGCCUGGAUGAUACCAGAUGUUCCAAAAGAUGUGGUGGAGAAAAUCAAGCGAGAAAAGCUAAUGACUGUCAAGAUCAUUCAUGACUUUGAGCUCAACAAGCUGAAAGAAAACUUGGAUUUUGAAUAUAACAAAGUCAUUCGGCAUAGCACAGUAGAUGAAAGCAGAUCCCUGAGGAGCAAAAUCCCAGUCUAAUCCACGCAUGAGAGGAGAAGUUGACGCCCUUCUUGGUUCACUGUUGCCUCUGGGUUUGAGGCUGGAUGCUGGAAGCCAUGUAUCCAUUUGUUUUUCUUUCCUUCUUUUAUUUUUAACUCACAGUAUUUAUGCACUUUACUCAAAGCUGGCAGUGUGCUAUGAGAAGGGAACACAGGCUGGCAUCAUCCACUGGGCUCUCCAGGGUGUGGCUCUCUGGGGUCCUAUAAACAGUUGCAGGUGGUACCGGUGGAUUCUGGGAAAUCAUGGAGUGUUGUUACUUGGAGUGAAACCCUGGCC